AUGAUAUCUCUUCUCAUGGUACGAGGAAACCUGGGGAGAUUCCAGCAUGCUGUGGGUGCAGUUCGUUGGCAGAGCAGCAGGAAACAAGCUCCCGUGUUGACAGCAGCUCCUGUUCGUGCUCUCAUUGAUGAGCAGAUCAGCAUAAAGGGCCGUUUUCUGCCUCCACACAGUCCUGUCACAGUGUGUGCACGGAUGCACUGUGAAGAUGGUGACCUGUGGGAGGCGUUUGCACAUUACAACACGAAUGCAGGAGGCGCUGUCAACUUGACUACUGAUCAUUCAUUGGGGGGUUCCUACCUUGGCUGUGAGCCGAUGGGACUCUUCUGGGGACUGCAGCCAGCUCCUGGAGGAAGACAAGGUUCAAGACUGAGGAAAAAAGAUGUGGAGACUCCAUACCAGGUCCACAUCUCCCUCAUGGAAGGCCAUGUUUCUCCCAGUGACGGAAAGAGCUCUGAACUGGCAGUUGUUACUACUGAGCGCUGGUACAUGGCGCCAGGAGUCAGGAGAAUAGAGAUCCGUCAGAACGGGGUCAUUGGCACUUUAUUUUUACCCCCUGGCCCAGGUCCAUUUCCAGGCUUGUUGGAUAUGUGGGGAAUGGGAGGAGGACUUCUGGAGUAUCGUGCCGCCCUGUUUGCAUCUCGGGGAUAUGCUUGUCUUACUCUUUCCUACAAAGGACACAAAGACUUGCCUGGACCUCCAGACCAAUUCAACGUUGGUGAUUCCUAUUUCAGGUCAGCGUUCCAGCUGCUUCAAGAUCGUGACGAGGUCGAUGCAGACAGAAUCGGGAUCAUUGGUAUCUCAUAUGGAGGAUAUCUCUCUCUCCGUAUUGCCACUCAAUGUGGUGUGAACCCAUCAUGUGUUGUUUUCAUCAACGGAACAGUCGCAAGUCCAUUCCCGUUUCCUGAGGAGGACGGCUUCAGUAAACUCGGAUACAGUGGUGACCAAACUUGUCACUUUAAUGAUCAGGGUCAAGUCGUAUUCAGAGAGUCUACCUUUCCUGCUCAUGUUGUACCUGAACACAGAGUGAAGUUAGAAAACCUCGCCUGUCCACUGAUGGUCAUAGUGGGAGAAGAUGAUCUGGGCACCGCAAGCUGUGAGAACGCAGACAUGAUCGAGGAAAUCCUGAAGUCUGCAGGAAAAUCUCACCUGCUUUCCCGGUUCUCUUACCCUGAUGCUGGUCACUUGAUCGAGCCUCCUUAUGCACCACAUACAAGAGCAUCCUAUUUUAGCAUCAAACCACAGAAAGUGAUGAUUCUGUGGGGAGGUCAACCAGCAGGUCACGCUGCUGCUCAGGAAGAUUCAUGGAAAAAGAUGUUGGAUUUUUUGGAAACCAAUCUGAGAAGGUGAUUGUUUAAAUGUCAUCAAGAAAGCAA